CAUUUCAAAAUUUCUCUGUCAAAUCAUUUUUUAGAUCAUUUGGCAUCGUAAACCCCACGAAUCGGUAUUUAUUUUUCUAUUCGAAUGUUAGUUUCUUAUACCUUUUGUUAAUCAUGUAAUUUUUGGAGCAGCUGUAUAGAAAUUAUAUUCAUUUGCUUUGUAUAAUGUCUACAAGUAGUGGUGAGCACUCUUUUGAUGUAAAGGAGCUAUUGGAGAUUAGGGCAAGAUGUAAAGAGCUUAGGAAAGAAAAGGAUACGCUGAGGGGUUCACAAGGUCAGAGCGUUGAACUGAUCAGACCAAUUCAUUUCAUGACAUGUACCCUCUUAGUCCCAAUGUCCUAUCUUUUUAUCUCAUUAUGUCUCAAGAAAAUAGAACAGCAUGUGCAGACAUUAUCUGAGGCCCGAGAAGAAGACAAAUAUCACACCCAGAAGCUGAAAAGUGAGCUGGAGAACUGUUCCCAAGAGAUAGACUACCUGCAGGAUCAGCUGAAUUUGAGGAAUGAAGAGAUGGAUUCUCUGAGUAAGUGUGUAUGCAGCCUUCAAUUGAAACUUGCAAACCUUGAAAACAUGGAAGAAGAGGUUAUAAGGUUAAGGGAAGAGUUGGAAAUGUCAAAUGCUGAACGGUUAUAUUUGUUGCAGCAAUUGGAAAACAGAGAGUUAGAGAUAGAGGGUUCAGCUUUGUGCAUAGAGAGACUAGAGGAGUCAGUAGCAUCCAUAGGUCUAGAGCAUCAAUUCGAAAUAGAGAGUAUGAAGCUUGAUUUGAUAACCAUGGAGCAGAAUUAUUUCAAAGCUAAGAAAUCCCAGGAUGAAACUGCUCAAGAUAAUGCUAUGAUGAAUGGGCUUAUUCAUGACCUCCAACUUCAAAUUUAUGAUGCAGAAAAAGUUAUCGAAAGUUUGGAAAAGGAAAAUGUAAAUCUUAGGGAACAACUCCAGACGUCUGAAAUGAAUGCCAGAACAUUUUCUGAAAAAGUAGAGGAGCUAUUUCGUGGUUUGAUACCGAACAAUGAUGACAGCUCCUCAAGUAAAGAAGAUGCCAGUGCUUCUAGCUGCUGUGGUGACAUUUUGGGUCCACUCCUUAUCAAACUGGCUUCUCUAGGGCCAUCAGAUGUCGACUUGACUGAGAAGAGGAAGAAAAUGGCAGGUCAAAUAAAGAAUAAUGAAUCACUUGUAAAGCAGCUUAAGGAAGAGCUGAUAAUGGAAAAGCUAAAAGCCAAAGAAGAAUCAGAGGAUUUAGCUCAAGAAAUGGCUGAGCUGCGGUAUCAGAUGACUGGGUUGCUGGAAGAAGAACGGAAACGUCGUGCAUGUGUGGAACAAUUAUCUUUACAAAGAAUAGCCGAGUUAGAAGCACAGGUUGAAAAAGAAAGGAUGAAAUCCUUCACUGAAGAAGAUCAAAGUAAAUCUAUCACUGUUUUCAGACAUGUCAGUGAAGCAUAAAGACAGGUCAAAUGUUGUAAUUGGGAGCAUAUCUGCUGGUGGAGCGUGUGUUUCAGAUGGAAUGAAGACUCCUUAUGCUGGAUGUAUCAGUGUGGGUUUUCAUGUUGUAAAGACUUGUUGGUUCCAGAUGAAGUGCUGAGUUAUCGGGUCUGCAUAGCUUAGUUGGAUUAUGAUGCUUUUACAUAAACUUAUGCUGUACAGAUUUAUAUUUUCUUGCUGAACCAUGGAAGUGUUAUUUAUUCGAGCUUUAAUUAUUGGGUGUUCGAGUCCAUUGUGGACAGUUUGUAAUCAGUGUUGUCUCAGAAGGUGCUUGCGAACUUUACUAAAGGGGUGUGCCGCGUCUGAAUUGUACAUUUUUGAGUGGGAUUUUGGACUAUAGAACCAGGUUACUUUAUAAACAAAAAUGUGUAUCUUUACAAUU